GUGAAGUUUGGGAAGAUCUCCCUCAAGUGCCGGGACUGCCGCGUGGUCGCUCACCCCGAGUGCCGGGACCGCUGCCCCCUUCCCUGCAUCCCGACCCUGGCAGGAACUCCGGUCAGGAUCGGAGAGGGGACCUUGAUGGAUUUUGUCCCUUCUAGUCCUCCAAUGAUCCCUUCCAUCAUCGUGCACUGUGUUAAUGAGAUCGAGCAACGAGGGCUGCAUGAGACCGGCCUUUACCGCGUCUCUGGCUGCGACAAGACGGUGAGGGAGCUGAAGGAGAAGUUCCUCAGAGCGAAGAGCAUCCCCCUGCUCAGCAAGGUGGAUGACAUCCACGCCAUCUGUGGCCUCCUCAAGGACUUCCUGCGCAGCCUCAAGGAGCCCCUUCUCACCUUCCGGUUAAACAAGGUUUUCAUGGAAGCUGCGGAAAUCCCAGAUGAGGAUAACAGCGUUGCUGCUAUGUACCAAGCGGUUGGAGAACUUCCCCAGGCCAACAGGGACACCUUGGCUUUCCUCAUGGUCCACCUGCAGAGGGUGGCUCAGAGCCCUGAUACUAAAAUGGACAUCUCCAACUUGGCCAAAGUGUUCGGCCCCACAAUCGUCGCCCACGCGGUCCCUGACCCUGACCCCAUGACCCUCCUGCAGGACACCAAGAGGCAGCCCAAGGUCGUGGAGCGACUUCUGCUGCUGCCCAUGGACUACUGGAGCCAGCUGAUGAUGGUGGAGCAGGAAAACAUCGACCCAGCGCACGUGAUCGAGAAUGUCAAUGCCUACUCCACCCCCCAGACCCCUGAGGUUCAAGUGAGCAUCCUGGGACCCCUCACCACCCCGGAGCAGAAGCUCUCCAAGACUCCAUCGUCCAGCUCCCUGUCCCAGAGGGUCCGGUCCACCUUCAGCAAAACCACUCCCAGGUUUGGGAGCAAAAGCAAGUCAACCACCCAGCUCGGGCACCAGGGCAACUUCUUUGCCUCUCCCAUGCUGAAGUGAGGACCUGGGAGCUGGUCUCGUCCUGGCAUUUGCACACCCACAAGUCCAACA